CAGAGCAACUGUCAAAACAAGAUCGAUUUUUACACACGCGCGUGGUCGUUCUCUGUCGAAGCGCGGAUUGAAUUUUUAAGGUGUUUUCCGUGUAAAUUUACCGACAAUCCAGUUGAAUCCGAUCGGUAGUGCUCCGAAACAAGCACCAACUGUGCUGUACGAUAAGAAUGUCUCUUAAAAUCACCGGAAAAUCCGAGGGGCAACUGCAGUUGCACCUCCACACCAAGCAGAAACAAUUCGCCGUUCCGGAUGUUCCGUACUCGAUCCGGGCCAAUGUAAGCAACAAGGAACUAAACGUAUUGAUCAAUACGCUUUUGAAGGACUCUGGUAAUUCAGAAGCCGGCAAGGUGGAGUUUGAUUUCCUGUUGAAUGGAGAGUUUGUAAAGAUUCCACUGGGACAGCACCUGAAGGAGCGGGAAAUAUCGUUCGAAGACACGGUUGAGCUGGAAUAUGUGGAACGGUACCCGGCACCGGAACCGCAAGAUUGCCUGCUACACGACGAUUGGGUUUCUGCGGUGGAAGCCAAAGAUAACUGGAUCUUGACUGGAUGUUACGACAACACCUUGAACAUCUGGACCACUAAGGGAAAGCAUAAGCUGACAAUCCCGGGUCACAUUGCUCCAGUAAAAGGGGUAACAUGGAUCUCGCUGGAUGAGGAAAAGGGUGUAUUCGCCAGUGCAUCGCAAGAUCAAACAGUAAUGCUUUGGGAAUGGAACGUCAAGGCAAACUCCGUGGAAUGUGUUCAGGUUUGCAAAGGACACGAACGCGGAGUGGAUUGCAUUGCGGCGAAUCGGAGCAAAACGCGAAUGGCCACAGGAAGCUGGGACACCAUGCUUAAAGUUUGGUCGACGGACGUCCACAGCGACGGAGAUUCGCAGCAGCCUUCCACCAGCAAGCGACAGAAACUCGAUCCAGAAAAGGCCAGAACUCCUAUUUUGACGCUGGCUGGCCAUCGAGAAUGCAUUUCCGGUGUGCAGUGGAUUGACGAUAAUACGCUCGUCACGUCAUCGUGGGAUCAUACGAUUAAAAUCUGGGAUUUAGCGCUUAGCGGAAUUAAGUCGGAAAUCUGCGGUCACAAAUCGUUCUUCGACGUGAGCUAUUCCCAUCUGAACGGCCUGAUCAUCGCGGCGUCACCGGAUAAAAACCUGAGAUUGUACGAUCCGAAAUCGAACCAGGGAACCAUCGUGAAGAACACCUAUCUCGGUCACACACAGUGGGUCCAAGCGGUACGCUGGAGCACCACCAAUGAGUACCUGUUCGUGUCCGGUGCGUAUGACAACCAUGUCAAGCUGUGGGAUUAUCGCAGCCCGAAGGCCCCCAUUUUCGAGCUUAUCGGUCACGAGGAUAAGGUACUGGCCUGCGAUUGGUCGAAUCCCAAAUUCAUUCUAUCGGGCGGUUCGGAUAAUUCCGUACGAGUUUUCAAAUCCAAAAUAGCAAUAGGCGGCCAGUAAACAGUGGCAUUCACGAUUUAUUAUAUAUUAUACAAAUUAUAUAACAGAUUUUCGUAAACACUAUAA